AUGACCGAUGCUAACGAGGCGACGCGCUGUGAAUUUAUUUCAGCUAUAUUACAUGCAUCAAUUGCCAUCGCCAAAAAAUUCACCUCUCAAGAUAUAUUCAUAGUUUUACAGAAAGAUAUUUCUGGUGAGGAUGCAACAGGCCGAUUAGACUAUGCGAUCAAAAGUUUAGAAGACCUCCUAUGUAUCGCCGAAGGAAAGCCUCGUAAUAUUAAGAUUGGAUAUGCUCAGGUAGUCUUAUACUUGAUUCGUGUUUUUAGAGUGCCAAGCCGAAAGAGAUUUAAUAAUAUUAACGCAUUUUAUCUCUUAGAAUCUGGCACAGCUUGA